UGAAACGUCACCGAGAAAGAAAUUUCGAUUAAAUAGAAUUUUUCUUUCGCCAUAUCCACAGCUUAAGCCCAUUUUCACAAAGAAUUUCUUAUCUUAAAAUGGCGAACAUUUUGGAAUCGAAUGUAGUUAGUUAUGUUUGUGCUUGUGGUCACCUGAAUCCAAUCACAAAAUUGUUUUUCUGUCGACAUUGUUUGAAGCCGAGGUGCGGUUUUUGUGUGUGUCAUGAAGUCGAUUCUCAUUUUUGCUACAAUUGUUUGGAAAACAUCCCAUCGGGUGAAGCAAAAUUGAAGAAGUAUCGGUGUAACAAAUGUUUUGAAUGUCCAAGUUGUCAACAUACGCUGUCAUCACGAGCAACAACUGUUCAAUUACCACGAGAUGGGGAUGUGAAGACGGAGAAAGGUGAUAAAGCCGAGACAUCAGCUACAGAAGGUGGCGGUAUCAAAGAAACAACCAAGGUGUCAGCUCGGAAAAUGUAUUAUUUAUCGUGUUUGGCUUGUCGGUGGACAUCACGGGAUGUUGGACUAUCCGAUCAAACAAAUGCGGCUGGAAAUUGGCCAGAAAUCGAAUAUGCACAUUCAACACGAUUUUCAAAACUUAUGGAAUACUAUCAAGAUACAGUUAUAGUGGAUAAGCAAGAGAAACAAGAUUAUUCACGCCGAAUGACACCGAAGAAACAUAAAUUUGGUAGUUUAACGGACCGUACUGGAUUAACAGCGUCCAUGGUACGUCGUCAAAUGGGAUGGAGUGAAAAGUUGACGAUAAAGAAAAAUCCGAUAAUUUCACCGUCCGAAGCCAGUGAAGAUGUUGAUGAAUUGCCAAAAGACAUUUUCACGCAACCGAUCAACUUAAAAUCAGUGACGACGUUAAAACAACGACUACAAAAUCCAGCACUCCAACCAUCAUCGGUGAAUAACUUGUAUCCGCAGCAUAAAAGCAUUUCAAUAAAACGUUCUUUGCGAUGCAAACAGUGUCAACAUAAUGUUCUAAAGCCGGAAUUCAAUCCGCCUUCAAUAAAAUAUCGUAUUCAACUGUAUGCCAGUGCACACAUGCCCGAUGUACGUCUCAUCAAAUCGCAACCAAUUGUAUUCGGUUCAAGCGAUACAUUUACAAUUCAUUUGCGUUUAACGAAUCCAACACUGCACGAUAUGACCAUAACAAUUAUGGAUCUACCAACAGCUGACGAAGAAGAUUUGAUAAUAUCGGAGUUGAAGAGUAGUUUUGAGAAAAGCUUGAAUGCAUCAUCGACUGUCACAACGACAAGUGGUUCGGCACCAAGUAGUCUAACAUCGUUGCCGUUGAGCCGACAACAAUCGAUUAUUGCCGAAGAAUUGCGAUCCGUUGGCGACAGAGUGAAUGCAACGGUUAUCAUUCCAGAUUCAUCAUUCAUUUUGAAUUAUCGCGAUGAUGCGGCCGAAUUUGAUGACGAUGAUCAAGUGAAAAAAGAAGAAUUAAAAUUCAUUUUGUGGCGCAAAGCAAACAAAGUGGCAAUCGAUCUAAACGUACGACCACAAACAAAUUUGUUGAAAGUCGGCGAUGAUGUGGUUGCCGGAUUUACAAUGCAAUACACUUAUGUGAAUACAGUCGUCGGAAGCACAGCUGCAAGCAGCACAUCGAGCAGUGAUAAAAAGGAACGGCAUGCAUUAAGUGUUCGUGUAUACGUUCGUCUUGGACAAGUUCAACCAAAAUAAUCAUGCUGCAGCACAGUUUUUUUUCUCGUUGCAAAUCUUAGCUUUGAUAAUUGAAAUAUGGUUAAUCCAGUGUCUUAAGUGAUUAGAAAUGCCGUGGAAUUUUCAUUUUAAAAACAAUGCUAAUCUUAACGUUUUUUCAUUUAGUUUUGGGUAUCGCACAGAUGAAUUGACACAUUUUUUUUUUCUCGUUCCGAUUUUGUUCUUGAAGAACAUUGUUUUUGAAUUGAAAAAUUCCAUCACUUGAUGUGACUCUAAUUUAUUAAACAAUUUAUUGGCAUAAAUACGAUAUACUCAUAAAUCAACUCCCAUUAUUAAUCAAAUCGAAAUAAACUAUUCAGUAUUCAUACAAA